UGCAGCCACGUCCGGCUCUCCGGCCGCCUCCCUCCGGCGCGCUCCCCUUUCUUCUCCCGGCUCGCCUCCGCCCCGCCUGCUCCCACUCGCAGCAGUGACCCAAUAAAGCUAUUUUGAAAGUGACCCCCGCAGCAGCUCAGCCCAGCCAGCCAGCAGCUGUCGGAAAUCAUGACUGAAGAUGACGGAUUCCGCGGUGGUGGUGGAGGGCCCGCUCAAGUGGAGAGACGGCAAAAAGUGGAAGAACCGAUGGGCGGUGCUGCGCAAACCUUCGCCGGUGGCGGGCUUCCAUCUUUCAGAUUGCUUGCUUAUGCUUGUAUACAAGGAAAGAUCUGAACGACUGAAGGGGCUGAAGGAGAGGAACAGCGUGACUUUGGAAGACAUCUGUGGCCUGGAUCCUGGGCUUUGUUAUGAGGGUCUGAAUCAUACUCUCGCCAUCAUCUGUUUGAGUCAAGUUGUUAUGCUGGGCUUUGAAAACAAGGAAACCAUGCAUGCCUGGGACCUGCGCAUUCGCUACAGUUUAGGUGAAGUUCACAGGUUUCAUGUUGUGGUAGCACCUGGAACUAAACUGGAGAGUGGUCCGGCAACUCUCCACUUUUGCAACGAUAUUCUAGUACUAGCAAAAGAUAACCCACCCUCUAUCAUGGGACAAUGGAAACUCUCAGAUCUGCGACGCUAUGGAGCUGUUCCUAAUGGAUUUGUCUUUGAAGGAGGAACUCGGUGUGGUUUCUGGGCUGGUGUGUUUUUUUUAUCUUGCACGGAAGGAGAAAAGAUCAGCUUUCUCUUUGAUUGCAUUGUUCAUGGGAUCUCUCCAAUGAAAGGCCCUUUUGGUCUACGUCCAGUCCUGCCAGACCCCAGCAUAAAUCCUGCAUGCACGGAAGAGAGAGUGGCCCAUGAAGCUUUGCAGUUAGAGAAGCGACUCAGCCUUCUGUCCCACACAAGUUAUCAUGGUGAUGACAGAAGCUUGUCAAGUUCUCUUCGGACCAGCCACUCUGAUGCUAGCAUUGGGAGCAGGUUGACUAUUUGGGCAGACCAGUCUUCAGCCAGUACUUCUCAAGAAAGUCAUGGAUUGCCUGCAGCAAAGGGAAUUCAUCUUGGAGGGGAGAAGGCCCACUCAGAAGGUAUCCGCAGCAACAAACCGCCUCCUAAGCUUCGAUCCAGACAGCUGCAAGAAAUAGGCCGCCAAAGUUCUUCUGAUAGUGGGAUAGCUACUGGGAGUCAUUCUUCUUACUCGGGAAGUUUUUCCUCCUAUGCUGGGAGCUUGGACAUUUGCCGAGGCGAUGAAUUUGGAUCAUUGUUGAGUCUGCCGCUGAACCUCCCUUCAGACCAGAAUAUAUGCACUUGCACAGGUGAUCACCUGAGGAGCCCUGGCCUGGAGUACCAGGUCCCCAGUUCCCUUAGACACUAUGACACACCCAGGAGUUUGCUACAGGUAGCUGCUAAAGACACACAAAGUUCAAGUGCGGAUUCCUCGUUAUCCAAGGGUGAACCGUCUCAAGAAAUUAGUGACCUCAAACUGCCAUUGCCACAUCUGGAAGCACAGCUUCUUCUGGCACAGAGGGGAAGGGGCCACGCAAGCAGCUUUCCCGAGGAACAUGCCAAAGACUCAUCACUUGGGGCAAGCAUAGAUUUUGGUUCAAGGUGGUCCCAUAUAAGACAGCAAGCACAAUUGUUAGAUUCUAGAAGUACUGAUGUGGCAACAUUCAUUGGGGUCUCCAGCAGCCCCUGUGAACUGUGUAGCUCUCCUUCUGGGACAACACAAGCUGUCUUUUCACCUUGCCCGGUCUGUGGAGGGCUAAAGGAAACAUCCAUUUUAUCAUCUGGAAUCUUACCAGCCAGUCCAGGUCCUAAAGGAAGCUUUGAAUUUAUGAUGCCACCUACAGAGUCUGGAGCACCACCUGAUCCUGAAGAAGCUGGGGCAGUUGGUUAUUCAGCAGACCUACCGAUGGCCGAUCGGUUGCGUGGUGAAAUGGCAAACUAUGUUAAUAUUCCUACAAGCCCCACAUCAAAGAAACAGCUUCAUUACAUGGAGCUGGAACUUCAGGAACCUAGUACAAGCAUAAGAGGGAGUGGAUCAACUAAAUAUGCCCAGAUUGACAUUGCAGCGACAGAGACUGCCCACAAAGUAGGGACACAACAUGCUCAGUGCCGAGAAGAGCGCCUGCAAGAGCUGGAACAGAAGAAGAAAGGCUCUUCAUAGCUGCCCCCAACAUAGUACUUGUAAAUGUUUCACGAGUUUAUUAACUGAACUAAACGCUGCCAUUGUUUUCAGAUUUAUACCAGAUUCAUUCCAAUCUAUUAAUUUCCAAUUGGAAAACUGGUAGCAUGGGGUGUGUGGGUUUGUGUGUAAAAACAUUGGUUGUACACAUGUAUGACAGAUCACUUACGUUGUAUUUUUUUUUACUAUCUUGACAAAUCAGGUAUCAAAUACAAAUGAUUUUGAAACUGUGGCAUUUAAUUUAAAGACAUUUGAAUGUGUUGUGUGUUAACAAGGAUGUACAUGUAGCUAAGUAUACAUUAAAUAUUGGUCUAUACAG